GUCUUGGAACUUCUAUCUGCUUGUUAUAUAUUUAUGGAGGAGCAACAACUGCUGCUGCAUCUUCUUCUCCUCAUCGUCCAUAGCUUCAAGAUAAGGUAGAAAUGAUGAAGAAUACGAUGAUUAAUGGAACCGUUGAUGAUUUCAAAUACAAAGAUUUUCUUUCCGUGGACGAUGUUCUUUCGCAGCAGGAGUCCUUUUUGAAUCCUAGUUUUGGAGAACCACCGCUGUUUAAUGAACAAGAUUUCUUCGUUGAGCUCCCAAAUUUCUCUCCUGUUAGUCAUGAGGCGGAUUCUCAUGAAAACUCGGAAAUCUAUUCCGGCUUGGUCCUGGACUACAUCCACCAGAUGCUCAUGGAGGAGGACAUGGAAGACAAGUUCGAUAUGCUUGAGAGCAACCCCGCACUCGAAGCCACCGAGAAGCCCUUCUACGAAAUCAUCGGUGAGAAGUACCCUCCUUCACCGGAUCGUCCUCCUCUUUACUCCAGCCCGAGUUCAGAGGGCUCCGAGAACCAUCGGAGCCACGAUUUUCACACCGGUGUCGAUGGCUUUCCAGACAACAAUCAGGAUCCUGCCUAUCCAGAAACCACCGAGCUCUUCCACUCUCGGAUCUUCUCUACCCAGGCUUCAAUCAGCUCUGAGAAUGACGUUGCCAGUGUCCUGGAGCAAUUCAAAGGAGAUCCAGAUGAUCUCUCAGAUCUGUUCUUCAAAAAUCUCCCUGCAUCUCAGUUCGAGAAAGGAGUUGAAGAGGCAAUGAAGUUCCUUCCCAGUGAAGCUAAGUUGAUUGUUGAUGCAGGAGCAAUCGGAUAUGAUUCGCCCCAUGAACUAAAAGACCUGGCUUCCAUUGAAAGCAAGGUCGAGGAUGCGAGAGGCAGGCGGCAGAAAGGCCGACACGACAUUAAUUUUGAUUUGGAAGAACAGAGGAGUAACAAACAAUCCGCAAUCUCAUAUGAAGAACCAACUGUCUCCUCCGAGAUGUUCGACAUGGUUCUCCUCUGCAGCGACGAAAAGUUGCCCAAAGUUAUAUCCACCAUUCGAGAAGCAAUGCAGAACGAAGCAGCAAGCAAAAACUCCCCAGCAAUCACUGAGCUUAAAGAGCCAGGAAAAGGCCGGAAGUCUCGCGUAAAAAAGAAGCAACCGAAGAAGGAGGUUGUAGAUCUCCAAACUAUUUUGAUGCAGUGUGCGCAGACUGUAGCAACCGGCGACCACCAAAGAGCCCACGAAUCGCUCCGACAAAUCCGGCAGCAUUCGUCCCCUCACGGCGACGCUUGGCAGAGAUUGGCACACUACUUCGCCGAUGGGCUUGAAGCCCGCUUGGCUGGAACAGGGAGUGUCAUCUACAACGCCUUAGUUGCUAAGCGGAAGACUGCUUCCGAUGUGCUGAAAGCUUACCAGGUUUACCUAGCCGCCAGCCCAUUGAAGAUGGUCUCCUAUCACUUUUCAAACCAGACGAUCCUCAACACAAUCGGGAACGCAACCAGAGUCCACAUUCUGGACUACGGCAUCUAUUUCGGCUUCCAGUGGCCUCCUUUCUUGAAGAUGCUUUCGGCCCUGCCCGGUGGACCUCCGAAGCUUCGCAUAACCGGAAUUGAUGUUCCCCAGCCCGGAUUCCGACCGUCAGAAAGAAUAGAAGAGACAGGUCACCGACUAUAUCACUAUGCCGAGAGAUUCGGCAUCCCAUUUGAAUACCAAGUGGUGGCGUCAAAGCUUGAUGAGGUGAAUGUUGAAGACCUUCACCUGGAGGAAGAGGAGGUGCUAAUCGUCAAUUGUGUGUUCCGUAUAACUUCUUUGGGCGAUGAAACCAUGGACGUAGAUUGCCCCAGGGAUAGGUUCUUAAACAACAUAAGAAAACUCAACCCGGCUUUGUUCGUAAAUGUGACUUCAAAUGGGAGCUAUGGAGCUCCAUUUUUCCUGACGAGAUUUCGGGAGGCUUUGUACCAUUUCUCUGCAUUGUUUGAUAUGUUGGAGAUGACGGUGCCGAGAGAGCACGAGCAGAGGAUGCUUGUUGAGAGGGAUCUGUAUGGGAAGUGUGCGAUUAAUGUGAUCUCUUGUGAGGGAGCAGAAAGGUUGGAAAGGCCGGAGACAUAUAAGCAAGCGCAAGUGAGGUGUUUGAGGGCAGGGUUCGAGCAGUUGCCCGUCAGCUCAGAGAUUACGAAGAUGGUGAAGUGUGGAGUGAAAGUUCAUUACCACAAGGAUUUCAGUGUCGAUGAAGACGGUCGGUGGCUGCUGCUGGGAUGGAGAGGACGAAUCUUUAUCGGGCUAUCUGCUUGGAAACCUAGAUGCUAUUGAGUUCUCUGUUCUUCUUUUUGUUGAUUGCUGUUUCGAGUUUAGUUGUAUUGAAGAAUGUAUUAGAGUGGCAUUCUGAUGUUUUUUUUCUUAUCCUCAUUUCCUUGUGUUUGCACUAAAAUGAGGUUUUUAAAUGUUCUGGUUAACAGCUUUUAAUCUUAUGUGAGAGGCUUCUGUU